GGAGAAUAUGGCCAAUGGCGUUGAGGACCUCAUCGGGAUCCCCUUCCCAAACCACAGCAGCGAAGUCCUCUGUGGGCUCAACGAGCAGCGGAACGAUGGCCGCCUCUGCGACGUGAUUCUCCUGGUCCAAGAUCAGGAAUACCGAACCCACAAAUCUGUGCUGGCUGCUUGUAGCCAGUAUUUUAAGAAACUCUUCACGACCGGCACUUUAGCGGACCAGCCCUACAUAUACGAGAUCGACUUCGUCAAGCCCGAAGCGCUUUCGGCCAUCCUUGAGUUUGCCUACACCUCAACGCUGACCAUUACCACGGCGAACAUCAAGCACAUCCUCAACGCGGCCAAGAUGCUGGAGAUCCAGUGUGUGAUCAAUGUCUGCCUCGAAAUAAUAGAGCCUGGGGAAGCGGUGGGAGGCGAGAAGGAGGAGGAGGAAGAAGAGGAAGAGGAGGAGGAAGAGGAGGAAGAGGAGGAGGAAGAAGAAGCAGGUGACUUCACCAAUCGGAAUCUACCGGAUACUCAAGAUCUCAGUUGUCAUCAAAGUCCUUCUAAGCCAGACCUUCCUGAGGAGCCCUUCCAAGAGACCACGGAUGUCUUCUCCACUCGUUUUCCAUCUGGCAGCUCCAAUGGCUCACUUGGUGUCAUCCGAGACUUCUCCAUUGAAUCCCUCUUAAGGGAGAACCUGUAUCCUAAAGUCACCCUUCCAGAACGCAGGCCGGUCCUGUCUCCCUUUAUGCCCGAGCUCUUCCCCCAUUUAUGGAACGGAGACUUCGGCCCCUUUGCCCCAGUAGAAGAGCAGCAGGUGGACAACACCCCCUUGGACCUGGUGAUCAAGAAGCAAAAGAUCAAGGAAGAGGAGAAAGAGGAGCCACUGCCCACCCCCUUCCCCAACAGCCUCUUCAAGGACGUGUUUGCCAACACUGCCGCAGCCCCCUUCGGGCACAUCAAGGCUGAGAACGAUUACAGUGCCUACCUGAACUUCCUGAGCAACGCCCACUUUGGCCGAGUCUUUCCACGCUGGCCAGAAGAAAGGAAGAUGAAACCCAAAGCUUCCCAGCAGUGCCCCAUUUGCAACAAAAUCAUCAUGGGGGCUGGGAAGCUCCCGCGGCACAUGAGGACCCACACGGGGGAGAAGCCGUAUAUGUGCAACAUCUGUGAAGUCCGGUUCACCAGGCAAGACAAGCUGAAGAUCCACAUGCGGAAGCACACGGGGGAAAGGCCGUACCUCUGCAUCCACUGCAGCGCCCGCUUUGUCCACAACUACGACCUGAAGAACCACAUGAGGAUCCACACCGAAGAACAACCCGAUUAG